CUCUUUGCAGGAGGAUGUGGAGGAGGGUGAAGACCAGUUGUUUGUGGACGCCGAGGAGCUCUGCAGUGGGGGCGUCAAGGCUGGCAGCCUCCCCGGGCGCCUCCGCGGUGAGAAAUCACCUGCCCCUGAGGACUGGGAUUAGGGGGAUGCAGGAAGUGUUUCCCAUUCUGGCUUUGUCCUAAAUUGGCGCCCAGUCGUUGCUUACAGACUUCCUUUGGGAUGGCCUAUCUGUUUCGCCUUACUUAGGUUAAAAUAAUAAUAGUAAUAGCUGUGACUUUAAAACUAUUGCAUGUUAAGUUUGUGCUCUGCACAUAUUAUCUCGUUUAAUGUUCACAACUCUGAGAUAGUUUUAUAAAAGUGGAUUUGAGCCUGUAUUCACACCCAGAAUCAGGGCUUUAACCUAUGACCUUAUUCUGGAGUCAAAUAUGUGGCUGUUUUUCAACUGCUAAGAAAACACACACUCACAAGAAACACCUUAAGUUGUAAUUUUUGAUGAAAACACUCAAGAGAUAUGUCACGUGUUUGGACGUUUUCCAAUGAACAGUCCUUGGUGGCGUGUGAAGGUCCAAGUGAAGCCCAUGGGAUUGAAGAGAUACCAAGUUCAAGGAUUUCCAUCUUACUUUUUACAGUCUGAUAUGUCACCACCAAAUCAAAAACAUAUCUGUUCCCUCUUUCUUAAAGACUGUGAAGUCUCCAGUGAUAAUAUAAAUAAGUUUUUAGCAUGGGUAAGUGAUGUAUCAAGCUAUAAAGAUCUCAACUUUGAAAAUAUUAGGGAAACAUUAAGAACUUUCCAACAGAAAAUUGGAAGGAAUGGUCAAAAACAGUCUACACAGAAUAAACAGGAACAGUCAUCCCCAGAUUGUGAGACGUGCUGUCCUCUGGAAAGCACAAUUCCAUUUAUAACUGUAAUGAGAGCUUUGAAGUUUCCCAAAAUCAUGGAAUUCCUUCCAGUUCUUCUGCCUCGACACUUCAAAUGUCUCAUAAGUUCAGGUUCUAACGAGGUCUUGGAAGAGAUAGAAGAGAUUUUAGGUACACAUCCAUGGAAACUUGGAUUUAGCAAAAUAACCUACAGAGAACUGAAGCUUUUACAGUGUGAAGCGAGCUGGCCAGCAUUUUGUCAGUGCAAGUCUCUUCUCAAAUUGAUAACUGAUCUGGAGAAGAAUGCGUUAAUAAUAUAUGCUACGCUGAAGCAGAUCUGUCGAGAACAUGGGCACACAUUUGUUGAAGAAGCUGACUUGACUUCUCAACUGUUAGGCCAUAUGUCUUUCCAUGAUGUUUGGCAGUCUCUGAAGUUUUUGAAGGAUAUUGGUGUGGUGACGUAUGAGAAGUCCUGUAUCUUUCCUUACAGCCUUUACCAGGCUGAAAGACGCAUUGCCUCUUCAGUAUGUGAGCUGAUGAUGAGGCCUCCAUGGCAUUUGCGUGUCGAUGUCAGAAAGGUGCUUGCAUCUAUUCACACCGCAAAACCUGAGAAUUCAAGAAGUGAUGAUACAUUGAAGGAAGGUACACCUGAUGAAACAAGAUUAGAAAAUUCUGUGGACAUUCUGGACACACAGGACAGCAGUGACCAUAUUUGGAAUAAUGGUGAGAGUGAAGUGAAUGCAGAAAUAAGUGAAGUUCAGUUGGAUCAGGAUCAGAUGGCAGCUUUGGAAAUGAUUUGCUCCAAUGCUGUGACAGUUAUAAGUGGGAAAGGUGGUUGUGGGAAGACCACAAUUGUUAGCCACCUUUUUAAGCAUAUUGAACAGUUGGAAGAAAGAGAAGUAAAAAAAGCUUGUGAAGAUUUUGAACAAGACCAGGAUGUACCAGAGGAAUGGAUUACCUUUACUGAGCAAAGUCUACUGAAGGCAGACAAAGCUAUAGAAGUUUUACUUACAGCACCUACAGGGAAAGCAGCUUGCUUACUGAGACAGAAAACUGGUUUUAACGCUUAUACACUAUGUCAGGUCAAUUAUAGCUUCUAUUUAUGGGAGAAAAAAAACACCACCAAGAACAGGCCAUGGAAGUUUUCUUCUGUUAGAGUUCUGGUUGUGGAUGAAGGGAGCUUGGUAUCUGUAGGAAUCUUCAAAUCGGUUUUAAAUUUAUUGUGUGAGCACUCCAAACUUUCUAAGCUUAUUAUCCUUGGUGAUAUCAGACAGUUACCCAGCAUUGAACCUGGAAACUUACUGAAAGAUCUUUUUGAGACUCUUAAGUCAAGAAAUUGUGCUAUUGAACUAAAGACAAACCAUAGAACAGAAUCUGAGCUAAUUGUGGACAAUGCUACAAGAAUCUCAAGACGUCAGUUUCCGAAAUUUGAUGCACAGCUGAAUAUCUCUGAUAAUCCAACAUUCCCUGUCUUGAUACAACAGAAAACAUUUAUUUUUGUCAGACUUCCAGAAGAGGAUGCCAGUUCUCAAUCAUCAAAAAGUAAUCAUCCCUAUUUAUAUUCUGCAGUUAAAACUUUACUCAAUGAAAAGGACCUGCAACGUGCAGAAACAUCACAAUUUAUUGCAUUUAGGAGGCAGGACUGUGAUGUUAUCAAUGCCUGCUGCUGCCAGCACUACACAGGCCGCCUCAUCAAAGACCAUCAGAACAGACUUCAGUUUGGAGUUGGUGAUAAAAUUUGUUGUACCCGGAAUGUUUAUCUCUCAGAGUUACUCCAUAAAACUAACUCUAACAGUCAGCAGACUGAAGAACUAGAGGCCAGUGGUGAACUUUUUAAUGGUAGUCCUCAUAGUUUUGCUGGAAAUAAGCAUGACUUUGAAAGUGGUAUUCGGCUGUGCAAUGGAGAGGUGUUUUUCAUAAGAAAGGAUAUAACUGAUGUAACUUUUGGAAAGAGAAGGUCUUUGACCAUUGAUAAUAUGGCUGGCUUGGAAGUAACUGUGGAUUUUAGGAAACUAAUGCAACACUGUCACAUAAAACACGCGUGGGCAAGAACUAUUCACACUUUUCAGGGGUCUGAGGAGCGCACCGUAGUCUACGUGGUGGGGAAGGCGGGCCGCCAGCACUGGCAGCACGUUUAUACCGCAGUGACCCGGGGCCGCUGCAGAGUGUAUGUGAUUGCAGAAGAGUCCCAGCUCCGGACCGCAAUUAUGAGAAACAAUGUUCCCAGGAAAACUCGUUUAAAACAUUUUUUGCAAAACAAGCUUUUGGAGAGCUGUGCAUCUGCCGCAGGGUUUGAAUCCCCGUUAAGGAGCUCUGGAGCCAGCGGAGGCCCCAGCACGCAGCCGUCAGCCUCGCCGGGCCCCACAGGCACGGCUGACCCUGGGACCCACAACGUCCGCAGAAGCGAGGCCUCCACCGCCAACGACAGUGUGUUUCCCUUUGUCGCGAGGUGGCCGUUGUCUUCAUCCGCGGCCGUGGAUGCAGAUGAAGACCCAUCAAAGUCGCGAGGCUCCAAAAGAAGCUGUGGCGUGAAUGUGGAGGAAAGCCCCAGCAAAGUGCUCAUGGUGGAAGAAUCAUCUCCACAAGUGUCUUCCAAACUUCAGAAUCUGAGACUAAACAGUUUAACCCCCAGGCAACUUUUCAGACCUACAAAUGAUCAAGAAACUUAAUUUUAUUUCUGGUUGCUCAAAAUAAUUGUCUGUUUUUCCCCACUCAACACAAAAUCAGUGUCAUAACUUCAAAUAUGAAGAUAAAAGUGGAUGUCUGUAACUGGAGUUUUAUUUUUAAGGUGUUUGUGUUUGCAGAUGUUUUCAAUUGUUUUGAUCAAAGAAAAUCGAGGCAAUUUCAACAUCUGUCAUCAUGAGAACUAGUAGCACUGGGCAUAAAUGAGUGAAAAAGAUGUUGUAUGUUAAAAAAAAAACUGUACUUUAAAAGUGUUUUACUUUUAGGAUCAUGCCUUAUUAACUUCUACGAUCACUGUGGGUGAUCUUUGCCAAUGGGUUGAAAGGAUGGUAAAGAUAAACUAAUUGCAUCUUUUAUAUUAUUGACACACAUUUCAGGAUAUCGUGUCUUCUGCUAAGUGGUCAUCUCAUAAGGCUGCCAUUUACUCCAUCCUGUUGCCUGGACCUACGUCACCUGGGAUUUUUUUCCUAGAAAUUCCUUCUGAGUUGGGAGCACAUUGUGUUUUUUUGUUUUUGUUUUUCUUAACUGGAGAUGUAACUGACAUAUAACAUUAUAUGAGUUUAAGGUGUCCAACCAUGUUGACCUGAUGCAUGUCUGUACCGCAGCGCAGUGACCACUGUAGCAUUAGCUAGCACCUCUAUCAUGUCACAUGACUACCACUUUUUUGGGAGCAUGUUGUUUUGAGAUACUCGCGAAAUUUUUUUUUCUCUCAGAGUAAUUUGAUUUUUUAAAUAAGAGUUUUUAUUUACUGUUAAAUGGAAAAGGAAAAAGUCAAAAGACUUACUGUUAUACCGGUGUUUUUAAAAACAGCUUUAUGGAGAUCUAAUUUAUGUACAGUUCACGCAUUUAAAAUGUACAUUUGAGUGGCCAUUAGUAUAUUCACACAUUUGUGCAGCCAACACCACAGUCAAUUUCAGGACGUUUUUAUCACUCCCAAAAUCAACCCUGUACGUCUUAGGUCUUGUCCCCUUUUCCCCUCCAGCCCAAGGCAACCUUGUCUCCAUUGAUUUGUCUAUUCUGGACAUAUCACACAGUGUGUGGUCCUUUGCUGCUGACUUCUUUGACUUAGCAUGAUGUCUCCAGACUUCAUGUUGUAGCAUGUAUAAGUGCUUCAUUUCUUUUUUUUUAAGGUUAAAAAAAAUUAUGUACAAACAGCUGACAUUGUUUCUUUCAUUGGGUAGAAGUCUUGGUGAAUUCACUCAAGGAAUAUCGCUCAGUCAAACUUGAUGAAGACUAUACUCUUUGCUACUAACGGAAAAACUGGCAGCAUAUGUGGAGGCUUUAUUUCUGGAUUAGACUGUGUUGGUUGAGCUGACGUGGCGAGAUCAGGAGCCCUGGCUGAGUUUUUGCAAGUGGCUCCAGUGAGCUGCAAGUGACCCAUCGCUUUCCAUGGUGCACUGAGGCAAAAUGCCUUCAUCUCUUUUUUAUUAUACCAAAGAAUAUUCCAUUGUAUGGAUAUUGUGCAUUGAGUUUAUCCAUUCAUGCGAUGAUGAACAUUUGGGUUGUUUCCACUUUUUGGCUAUUAUAAUUAAUGCUGCUAUGCACAUCUGUCUACAGGUUUUUGUGAGGAUGUGUGUUUUCAUUUCUCAGGUAUACACCUAAGAGUGGUAUUGCUGGGUCAUAUGUAAAUCUAUGUUUAGUUUUUUGAGGAACUGCCAGACUGUUUUUCAAAGCAACUGGGCCAUUUUAUAUUUACACUAGCAGUAUGUGAGGGUGCCAGUUUCUCCACAUUCUCCCCAACACUUCUUAUUAUCUGACUUUUUGAUUAUCGGCAUCCCAGUGGGUGCAAAGUAUAUUUCAUUAUGGUUUUGAUUUAAAUUUUCUUCAUGGCUAAUAAUGGGAAUCAUCUUUACAUGAGCUAUUGGCCAUUGGUUUGACCUCUUCAGAGAAAUAUCUUUAGAUCUUUUUCCCAUUUUUAAAUUGGGUUAUUUUUCUUAUUAUUGAAGUAUAGGGUUUUAUAUAUUCUACAUUCAAGUCCCUUAUGAGAAACAUUUGCAGAAAUUUUUUUUCCCUUUCUGUAGGGUUUAUUUUCACUUCCUUGAUGGUGUCCUUUGAAGCACAAGUUUUCAGUUCUGAAGAUGUCCUUUGUAUCUGUUGUUGUUACUUGUGCAUUUGGUGUCAUAGCUAAUACUCCUGUUUUCCUUCUAAGAGUUAGAAAUAGUUUUAAGUCUUACAUUUAGCUCUGAUUCAUUUUGAGUUAAUUUUUGUGUAUGGUGAGGUAGUGAUCCAAUUUCAGUCUUUGGCAUGUGGAUGUUCAGUUGUUACAGAUCCAUUUUUUGAAGAGACUGUUCUUUCCCCAUUGAAUUGUCUUGGCACCCUUGUCAAAAAUCAAUUAAUUGUAAAUAUGAGGGUUUAUUUAUCUCAGGAAUUCUGGAUUCUUGCUAGUCAGUACCACACUGUCUUCAUUAACUUUGUAGUAACUUCUGAAGUCAAGAAAUGUGAGUCCUCCAAUUUGUUCCUCUCAUUCAAGCUGUUCUGGGUCCCUUGCAAUUCCACAUGAAUUUUAGGAUCAGCUCAUUAGUCUCUGUAAAGCAGCCAGCUUAGGAUUUUGAGAGGAUUAUGUUGAAUCCAUAGAUCUGGGGAAUAUUGGCAACACGGAAUGUCUUUCUAUUUAUGGCUUCUAUCAUUUCUUUCAACAAUGUUUUGUAGCUCCAGAGUAUAACUUUUGUACAUCUUUUUUUUUUUUUGGAACAGGACAAGUUUAUUUAACAUUCUUUUUUUUUUCCCCCUGAUUUUUUUUAUUGAAGUAUAGUUAAUAUACAACAUACUGGUUUCAGGUGAACUUUUGUACAUCUUUUACCAAAUUUAUUCCUAAGUAUUUUAUUUUUGAUGCUACUGACAAUGAUGUUGUUUUCCUAUUUUUUGCCUGUUCAUUUCAACUGUAUAAAAGUACAAUUGAUUUUUGUAUAUUCAUCUUGUAUCGUGCAACCUUGCUAAACUCAUUUAUAGUUUUUAUAGGUUUUUAGUGGAUUCCUCAGGCUUUUUCAUGUGUGAGAGUAUAUUAUCUGCAAAUAGAGGUAGUUUUACUUCUUCUCUAAUCUGGAUGCCUUUUAUUUCAUACCACCAUGGCUAGAACCUCUAUUAAAUAGAAGUGGUGAGAAUGAACAUCUUUGCCUUUAUCCUGUGAUUUUACAAGGCCUGCGGCAAUCUGCAAAAAUGAAAAUGUUGGGACUAUGGAUAUAUAUUUUUUUAAGGUAGUGUAAUUAAAAUUUGUACUUUUUAUAGCUAUUGUAAAUGUAUUUCAUAGAAUACAUGUAAUAUUCUCUGAAGGCAGAUGUUGCGAUCCUUGAGUUAAGAUCUAUCUUUGUCACUGAAAAUAAAUGUGCCAUUGGUGGGGGGUGUUUUGUUUGAGGCUGUUUAGCCCGUUCACAGAUGUUGUACAUCUUGUCCUUAUAACAGUCCUGCAGUGCAGAUACGCACUCUGUUUCACAGGUAGUGAAGCUAAAUCAUGGUAAGUAAAUUUCAUACCACCAAUGAGUGCCAGAGCUGCCUCAAAUCUAGAUCCAGUUUUAGAACCUAUGUUUAACCCACUCUGCCAUGUAGCUUUUCAAGUUUAUGGCAAAACCUUCCUCCUUUAGAAAAUUGUGUAACAAUAAGCAUGUGUAGGGCUCAGUCUAGAACAUGAAAAUAUACUCAA